AUUCAACAGGUUGUGCAGCACGUUAGAAUUUGAUUCCGGAGUUAACUCGAAAAGCAGAAAUCGAGUGUUUUCAUAGCAAACGUGUUCUGAUUUUUGCUCUUUCUUGGCUUGACCUCUCCACUCACUUAGGGCCAGCUUCUAUCUCUCUUGUUCACUCAAGACUGUUUUGUUCUCACUCACUCUCUGUUUUUUUACACUUGUGUUACAAUGUCAUAACACAAGCACUCUCUCUUUACUCUCUCUCACGUUUGUCUUUGCUCGUGUAGAGAGAGAAGAGAGUUUAUCUUGUAUGUCUACAUUGUUAUUUCUCCAACUCUUUUUGUAUUAGAAUUGGAUAUAUUUCUCACAACAACACUAAACAUACUUAUAGUAGUUUUCAUUUUUUUUUUUUUUUUGAAUAAAAUGUUAAAUUCGAUUCAAAAGAAAAUGAAUUUGUUUACAACAAAGCUACUUUGUUUCUGACUUUUUUAACAACAAAAGAAUAGAAAAGCUAUGUCCCCACUGCUACGAUCCAAUCUUGAAACGCCAUGUCUAGUCUCUUGUCCAGAGUUCGUAUGGAAGUAGUGCGAUUCUUGACUUGCCUGUCAAUUACCCGAAAAAGAGUCUCAGGUGAUCGUGGUUUCUCUCCGUGCUUUCGAGAAUUGCGCUCCCGCCAUAGCAUGUAGAGCGUGGUCUGAAAUACGUAACGUGCAAGGAACGUCCGGGUUCGAGAAAGCUGAGACUGCGACAGGAAAAAUAUGAUACUGCUCCACUCAUCUGUGUAAUGGUUACCCAUGAGCUCACGCAUUAGCUUACUCCAGAGAGAAGAACUGUAGGUGCACCGGAAAAAGAGAUGAUCCCGAGUUUCAAGAUGAUGUUGACAUAGCACACAGCCCCCGUCAAUACCUAGAUUCCACGAUAUCAUCCUAUCUCCUGUGGUGAGUCGAUUAUGCAGAGCAAGCCAUGAGCAGAACCGGAAUUUCGGUGUUGCUUGGCUGAACCAUAGGCCCUUGUGCCAAGCCACCUUCUCCCUCACUGGUCUGAUGAGAUUCCAAGUGUCCCGAGUAAUGAACUGACUUUUAUAGAUAUUUUGUUUUCCCGCCAGAGAACGAUAUCCUCUGCGUCAGAGCUAGGCAAUGAUAUGAGGUGGUGUUCCACAUUAAUGAGACCUUCUGAGCGAUGAUUUCGUCGCCUUCUUUUUGUCCUAGCUGUGUAGACAGUAUCAUGCUGGCCAAUGCCCGUGUCUAUCUGUCCCCGUGGUCCAAAAAUGUCAGUCAAGCAACCCAUUGGGGACCACUGAUCAUACCAAAAAAAUAUAGUAGUUUUCAUUAACUACUACACAUGCACUUUAACAACUACAACUUAGCCCUUACUUCUACUAACCACUCUUAACAACUCUCACUAGCUCUUCUUAGCUAAAGCUUUUAUUCAACACUUCGCUCUUCCUUGAUAGCUUGGCCAACUAAUAUAUUUUCUUCUCAACUUGAUUAUUUGUGACUAAAGUCACAUCUCAACUUCUCGUUGGACUUCUUCUUUUAGUUGGCUUUUGCUUCUUCUUCUUUUCCUUCGAUGGUAAGCAAUCUCUUGCUUCCACUUCUUCAUUCUUCUUCUACGUGACUCCUUGGUCACUUCUUCUUAUUCGUUUCUUGUGUGGCAAGCUUCCUUGCUUCCACUUCUUCUCUUGGAUUUAAUCAAGGUUCAAUUUCAACAAAACGACAAAAGUUGAGGAAUUGCAUAGUCGAUAAUUGAGGUCCGUCUGAUUUUGUAAAGUCAACUAGCACUUCAAGAUUUUAAUUGCAUAGUGGAUAGUUGAGGAAUAAAAAUGUUAAUUAAAAAUAGCAAACCACAAAAGUAAGGAAUUAAAAAUAGCAAACGACAAGGUUUAUAUUAUUUUCUGAUCCAAACACGACGGAGACACAUCACCACUUUCAACGGCGCACUGACAUUUUAAUAUCCGUGUGUGUAUCUUGAAAAUCUUGAACUCUUAAGUUUCUCUCUAAUGGCUAUGAUAAGCUUACUUGAAAUCACAGUUUAUUUCCUUUGUUUCUCCUUCUUCUUUGGAUAUUUCUUUAUUAUGAAGAAACCUCACCGUUCGUUUCCCACGAACUGGCCAUUCCUCGGUAUGCUUCCGGGCCUACUCGUAGAGAUCCCUCGUGUGUACGACUAUAUAACCGAGUUUCUCGAAGCCUCAAACUUAACUUUUCUUUUUAAAGGCCCAUGUUUCGUUGGCGUCAACAUGUUGUUCACUGUAGAUCCGGCUAAUAUUCAUCAUAUCAUGAGCUCAAACUUCACAAACUACCCAAAAGGAUCAGAGUUCAAGAAGAUAUUCGAUGUUUUGGGAGAUGGGAUUUUCAACGCGGAUUUCGAUCUAUGGAUGGAUCUGAGGAAGUCAGCUCAAUGCAUGAUGAGUCGCCCGGAGUUUCAAAGGUUUACACUAAGAACAAACAUGAGAAAGCUAGAGAAAGGGCUUGUCCCAAUUCUUGAUCACUUUGCUAAGAAGAAACUAGUCCUUGAUUUACAGGAUGUGUUCCAAAGAUUCACCUUCGAUACUACGUUGGUUUUAGCGACCGGGAUUGAUCCGGGUUGUCUCUCGAUUGAAAUGCCAGAAAUCGAGUUUGCUAGAGCUUUAGAUGAAGCAAUGGAAGUGAUAUUUUUCAGACAUAUCAAGCCGGAGAUUGUUUGCAAGAUACAAAGGUUGCUUGGGUUUGGAGAUGAGUUGAAGAUGAAAAUUGCUCACUCGACUUUAGAUCGAGUUUGCUCUAAGUGCAUAGCUUCAAAGAGAGAUGAAAUAACACGUGGCGUUACUAGCAUCGACUCUUCUUCUAAAGAUUUGUUGAUGUCUUACAUGGAUGUAGACACCACCAAGUACAAGUCGUUGAAUCCAGGUGAUGACAAAUUCCUCAGAGACAUGAUUCUAAGCUUCAUGAUAGCAGGUAGGGACACCACAGGCUCUGCUCUCACUUGGUUCUUCUGGCUUCUCACCAAGAAUCCGGAAGUAACGACCAAGAUUCGUCAAGAAAUCAACACAAAAAUAUCUCCAAGAACCAAUAAUGAUUCUGAUCAUUUCUCUUCACAAGAACUAAACAAGUUGGUGUAUCUACAUGGCGCCAUGUGUGAAGCCCUCAGGCUAUAUCCACCGGUUCCAUUUCAGCACAAGUCUCCUACAAAACCCGACGUUCUUCCAAGCGGACACAAAGUCGAGCCAAGUACGAAGAUUGUGUUUUGUCUGUACUCACUAGGGAGAAUGAAAUCGGUAUGGGGAGAAGAUGCAUCAGACUUUAAACCAGAGAGAUGGAUUUCGGAAACUGGAAGUUCGAUACAUGUCCCAUCUUUUAAGUUCUUAUCGUUCAAUGCCGGUCCAAGAACUUGUUUGGGGAAAGAAGUGGCUAUGACGCAGAUGAAGACAGUGGCUGUGAAAAUCAUACAAAACUAUGAGAUAAAGAUCGUUGAAGGACACACGAUUGAGCCAGUUCCUUCUGUUAUUCUUCGCAUGAAACAAGGCCUUAAAGUCAUGGUCACUAAGAGAUCUAAUUUGGUCUGAAUGUUAUGCAAUACUUUUAUGGUAUACUAAGUGUUUUCCUCAGCCAUGUUCAGUCAUAUAAAUUUCAAAUUUAAAUUAUAUUUUUAAAUAAAAUUUUGUUAUUAUUUUAUAUUUUA